CGAUACCGAGUUUUCAAAUCUUACUUCCGGCUUCUCAAACCUUGCUUGAGCUUGACACCCCUUCCCGAAUCCCUAACUUUUACAUUUAUUUUAUGACUUAGUGGAGUAGUGGAGGGCAUUCUCGAUAUGAUCUUAUGAAAUACAGUCCCUGAAAGCCAACCUCAUGAUCCAUGACUUCCAGCGUCCAGACGAGGUGAAUCAAACCUCGGAGCUCUUUUCGGGAGAAAUGGGGAAGAGAGCGUAACCUUGAUUACUUGCAGAUUCUCUCUCUCUCUCUCUCUCUCUCUCUCUCUCUCUCUCUCAAUCUUCGAAGAUCCCAUCGAUUGAUAUCUCGGAAGAAUUCACUCACGUUCGGCCUUCGUUCGCCGGAUCUCAUUUCCGAAGCCUAAAACUUCCAUUGUUGUCAGAGAUCCGUGAUCUUACGUUGCUUUAGUGUUUGGAUCCCUCUACCGAGUAUUCACGUUUAAAAGUCAAGCAAUAAGCGUUAUGGACUCGUGGAGAUGCCCUAGUGCUGGUUUCCCUCUCCACGUUCUUCUCCUCCUCGUUUACACGUUGCUUCUGGCACGCUACCCUGUUUUUGUUCAGGGAGUUGAGAUGGAGACCGGAACUGAUGAGGAUCCGUCUAAUGGAUCGGGUAAAUCCUUGAACCGCCGUAGUAAAAUUUUUUUUAACCAACAACUUGGGAACAAUGUUGCUGGUGUUAAGAAUGACCCGGAUUUACUCGGUCUUAGUGGAAUCUCGGAAUCUUCUGGUCUUGGGAUUCUCGAUUCGUUCUUCGCGAGUUUGUCAAUGAUCAUCGUUAGUGAGAUUGGAGAUGAGACAUUUAUAAUAGCGGCACUUAUGGCAAUGCGACACCCCAAAUCAAUUGUUCUCUCUGGUGCUCUCAGUGCGCUCUAUGUGAUGACGGUGCUUUCCACUGGGCUUGGUAGGAUUGUGCCAAAUCUGAUUUCAAGGAAGCAUACCAACAGUGCAGCAACAGUUCUUUAUGCAUUUUUUGGGCUGCGGCUUCUUUACAUUGCUUGGAGAUCCGAUUCAAAGUCAGCACAGAAAAAGGAAAUGGAAGAAGUAGAGGAGAAACUUGAGGCUGGGCAAGGGAAAACAAAAAUUCGCCGGUUUUUCUCAAGAUUUUGCACACCAAUCUUUUUGGAGUCAUUUAUUCUAACAUUUCUGGCAGAGUGGGGUGACCGUAGCCAGAUAGCAACAAUAGCUUUGGCAACCCACAAAAAUGCUUUUGGAGUUGCAGUAGGAGCUUCAUUAGGGCAUACGAUCUGCACAUCUGUUGCUGUUGUAGGGGGAAGCAUGUUGGCAUCUAAGAUAUCACAACGCACAGUAGCUGCAAUUGGGGGCCUACUAUUUCUUGGCUUUUCCAUAUCCUCAUACUUCUACCCUCCACUAUGACUAUGAUUUUGUAAAUUUAACACCCAAGAUACUGAUUAGUUGACCCCAGAUUUUGGGCUUAUUCUUUUGUAUAUUAGCACAGCAAAGGAAAAGGGGAAAAAGAGGGAAAUUUUGGUGUCCA